CAACACAAAUAAUGACAUAUUGAUAGUCUCCCAACUUUUUUGUAGACAGUGUUUGGGGUUCAGUGUCUGUAAAAAAUGGCAGGUCAUGACAUUUUUCAUGUCAAUGUUUAGGUUUUAGACAUUUCAAGGACCCCUAAAGAACCCCUUUCCCUACACAUUAGUUAUAUCUUUGUGUGUACAACAUGCAUGUAUUGAAUGACUAAUUAAAGGGAUUACUAUAUUAUAUAAGUAAGACACUACACAAGGGGUUCUCAAUUUUCAUUUUCACAAUUCAUACCAUUUGUCAAAAUAGUCCUUCUUUUUAUGGUUCAACUCAUUUUCAAGUGGUGCCUGUACUCAAUCCCAGGUGGAUGCUAAUGUGAUCACUGAAUUACAAUCAUAGGGCUUCCAAAUAUUUCACAUGGACCACUAUUCAUACCUUUGAAACUACAGAUAAGUAUAAUUUUUUGAAAUGUUGUCAUACAGUAGCAACACAUUUUUCAGAUUACAUGAUAUACAAUUGUAUUCAUGAAUUAUUCAAAGCAUGGGAAUAACUCAUGGAUUUUUUUAGAUUAAAUAAUCAAUUUUUUUGUAUCAUCACAGCGCUGAGAAUCUGUAUUACUCCAAAUCUGGGACACAAAUUUUAGAAAUAAUAAAUACAUACAAUUUAAAACAUAUUUCUAAAAGCAUAAUUAAUUAUUUUUAAUUAUUUUUUUUAUUUAAUCAUCUCUUGAUCUAAAAAAAACCUUUAUGCUAUAAUGUAUGCCCUAUCAAGUUAUAACAAUAGCAACACUAGAAAAGUAUUGAUUUAAUCUGAUUAAUGGGAGUAUUUAUUUAUAUCAAAGCCAUUAAGAUACCAUCAAUAAACGGAAGCUUGUAAUUCAAUAGGAUAGACUCACAGGUAUUAAACCCAUUUUAUAUAAGUGGUGCUGUGUUUUGACAUCAACAAUGGGUGAUGUAACAUUGGUAUCUGGUUUCAAUGAGCUAUUAGAACAAUUAUGGAGUUCAAUGGGUUGAUUUGUGUGUUCUAAUUUGCUGCCAGACAGAACUCUCUUAUGUCUAAGGAUGUAGUUGUGGAUAUUAAAUUUGCUGCUCUGAUUUCGAUUGUUACUUAAAAGAAAAGGAUAUACAGUACUCUUUGACUUGAAAUAGAAUAUCUUAAUUGAGAUAUUCUGUCAGACUAAUUAAACCAAAAAUGGCUGCAUGCUUAGGACCAUCUAAAGAAAGUUUCAAUAAAAAUCUAAAUGAUUUAUGUAAAUAUCCAGAUGUAAAAAAUCCUAAGGAAAGAGUAACAAUUAACAUUAGUGGUCAUAUAUACAUUGUUUAUCGGGAGACUCUUGAUAAUAUACCUGGACAUCGUUUGUACAAACUAACCAAAGCUGAUCCAAGCUAUGACAGUGAGAAAGAUGAAUAUUUUUUCGAAUCAAAUCCAGUUCUCUUUCCAUACAUUAUGGACUAUUUCAAACAAGGAACUGUUCAUUUUCCGAAAUCGUUUUGCACGUUAACACUUCGAACUGCGUUAACAUUCUGGAAGAUUGAAGAUUCUGCAGUCCCAGUUUGCUGUUGGAAAGAGUUCACUAGAAGUAGCAUGGAGGUACAAGAAUACUUCAAAGUCUCGUUUCUCUUGAACUGGACUGGUAUUUUACACAGGAGUCUAGAUGAGAAGGCGACUAAGUGGGACCACUUCAAAAGAAAAGUCUGCAUUUUCUUAAAUGACCCAGCAUCCAGUUUUGGUUCUAAGAUUUGGGCGCUGUUCUUUCUGACAAAUCUGCUGGCAUCACUGUUCAUCAUCAUUGUGGAGAUGGAUGAGAAUUUCCGCGUCCCAGUUACAUGGAAUGUAACACAAUCAGUGAACAGAACUAACCCAAGAAUUACAAAAAUUACGAGAACAACCAUUCAUCCAACUUUAAAAAUAAUGGAAGGUUGGACAACAGUUUUUUUCACAAUAGAAUGGACUCUUCAGAUAAUUGUUACCAGAUGUCGUUUCUGGUUCUUCAAGCAGCCUGGAACAUACAUUGACCUCAUCAGCAACAUCGCAUCUUUUCUUGGAAUGAUUUUCAUAAUGCGUCCUGAAUUUGCAAAUGAUAUUUCUCAAGAACAGUUAUUGAUUGUCUAUGGUUUUGUCAACUUUGCCCGAUCCUUGAGGGUUUAUCGGCUUGUUCGAUUGGCGAAUUACUAUAGAUCAUUCCGUUUACUGAUUGCGGCUCUUUAUGCCAGUAAGAUGGAGAUAUUCUUGCUGUGUUUCCUGUUGGUGACUGGCAUGGUUGUGUUUUCUAUUUUCAUCUACUGGGCUGAGUUUCAAGUACAAGACGGCUUUCCGUCAGUCUCAGUUGGAUGCUGGUGGGCUAUCGUCACCAUGACAACAGUAGGGUAUGGUGACCUCCACCCAGCAUCAAUGGGAGGAUACAUUGUUGGAGCAUUGACAGCAAUCGUUGGACUGAUUUGCACAGGACUCCCUAUCCCAAUAAUUGGUAACACAUUUAAUGAAAUGUUCCAAGCUGCAAAGUUUGAAGAACAAUGGAAGGAAAAUCUGGAAAAUCGUGAGAAAAACUCUGCAGCAAAGCUUUCUAAAACAGAGCUAGAAUCAACUAACACAACAUGUUGCACGGUCCCUGAUGAUGACAAAGAGUCCCUGAAUGUUGGAUUGAAAAAGAUCAAUAUGGACAAUGGAUCGCCUUGUUGUAAAAACACAUAUGGUUUACCACAAAUCCAUAUGUAAGACUUCUACAUGUAUAACAUGUACAUUGUAUCAUAAAUAGUGAUGUCAACAGAUAAGAAUUUUGCUUUGAGUGUAAUUUGAACCUGAUUUAUGACAGAAUGAUUAAUGUUCUUUCAUUUCACAGAUAGCUAUGAAACAGUUCACAUUUUGGCUAAGUUGUGAUGUUUUCCAGAAGAUAUGUUGUAUCCAUUCUUUAGGGGAAAUAAAACAAAUGUAUGUGUAGUUGUUUAACUGUAUUUUCUCAUUAUUGAUUGUUGUUUAUAUGGAGUUUUGAAAUCAAAUCAUUGACUGAAAGGAGGGCUGAUUAAAUUUUACAAGGACAUACCAUGUGACUCAAAAAUGUGUUGCCCUCUUAUUUUGAAAUAAUACUCCC